AUGGCCAACAGUAAUCUGCCCCGAAGAAUCAUCAAGGAAACUCAACGUCUGCUCAGUGAACCGGCUCCCGGUAUAAGUGCCUCUCCAUUUGAGGAUAAUAUGCGUUAUUUCAACGUUAUGGUUCUUGGUCCUUCACAAUCACCUUAUGAAGGGGGAGUUUUCAAGUUGGAGCUCUUUUUGCCUGAAGAAUACCCUAUGGCAGCUCCCAAGGUUAGGUUUCUCACCAAGAUUUACCAUCCUAACAUUGAUAAGCUUGGAAGAAUCUGUCUUGAUAUUCUGAAAGACAAAUGGAGCCCUGCACUACAAAUACGUACCGUGCUCUUAAGUAUUCAAGCUCUUCUGAGUGCACCAAACCCCGAUGAUCCAUUGUCUGAGAACAUCGCCAAGCAUUGGAAGAGUAAUGAGGCAGAAGCUGUGGAGACAGCUAAGGAAUGGACCCGUCUUUAUGCAAGCGGUGCCUGA